ACUAACUUUUCAGUUUAUUAUCAUCUCUCUAGAUCUCUCUCGCCUCUCUACUAAACCCUAUCGAGAUCUGCAGAGAAACAAACUUGAAAUUUCGAAAAUGAAGCUCGGAGGAACCACCAUCAUUGCGGCGGCUCUGCUAAUGCUUGUGCUCGUCUCCGGCGAGAUUUCGACUAAAUCCUCACCUGCUCCAGCACCGGAUCUACCCGGCGACGCUGUAGAUUCGCCUCCGAUCCGCGCACCUGCUCCGGAACUUGGAUCUCCUCCGUCUGUUAACUCGCCUUCACCGGCGGAAUCUCCGAUCCACUACUCUUCUCCACCGGAGCCCGAACACUCUCCAUCUCAUUCUCCGUCGGACUCUCCUUCAACCUCCCCGCCGAUGCCAGAUGAUCACUCAACCACUCCCUCUCCGUCUCCGUCUACCGAACCUAGCGAUGUAAUAAACCACAGCGACAUUACUGGAGUGGAAGAGAAGAAAUCAUCCGGAGGAGGUGGUGGAAUGAGCGGCGGGACGAAGGCGGGGGUGGCGUUUGGGACGAUAGCGGCGGUGUGUGUGGUUGGAUUAGCAGGGUUUGUGUACAAGAAACGGCAGGAUAAUAUUCGCAGAUCUCGCUACGGUUACGCCGCCAGAGAUAUUCUUUAAUCUGUGUGAGAAAGAUCCAGCGAGGCUUGGCUUGGCUUGAUUUAAUUUUUUUUUUUCUUGUCACUUUCGAAUUCAAAUCAUUUAUUGAUAUACUAUCGUUGAAGAAGUACGUCGUAUGCUAUAAUCCAUCCUUUGAAGUUGA